CCUGACUAUCACAUUCUCAAGUUUUAGUCGAUCAAGAUGCGUGCAAUAAUCUUCGUAGCUUUGAUUCCCAUCGCAUUUUCGGCGGUAUUGCCAAAUUCGAAACCAGUCUUAUCAGAUGUCAUCGUGACACCGAAGGACCUCGCCACAGAUGUUGCGGUGGCGCACCUUUCGGUCAUUGACCACAUGCGUGACCUGAUCGUACGUCAGACCAAUCAAGUGCAGCUCCAUUAUUUACUCAUCAUCGACUCGUACAACAAGGUUUUCCAGAUCACAAGCUUGCUGCAGCAGCUUCAGGUUGCACCGGAAGUUAUUAACGGAAUUGGCAGCACUAUUUACGGCCAUUUUGUCGACUACCUGAAUUCGUUCAACAAUUUCGCAAUUUCUCUACUUUCCAUCAAAAGUGAACUCGUUGAUAUUAAUCAAAAGCUGAAUUUGCUGGACCCCACCUUGUCCGGCUCUCAUGCAAACCUUACUUCGUCGACACAGGCAAAUGCGAAUGAAUAUAUAGCGAUUCAAGCUUCCUUGGAAACCAUGAUCACGGAGGCAGAAAGUGCUAUUGUAGCGGCCAUGGAUGGAUUAAGUGGCCAGCAAGUAAUUGACGUUUACCUGCUCAUUCAAGAUAUCAAAAAUUCACUUCAAUACAAGCAAGAAGAGUUGCGGAAUGCAAAUGCAGUUUACGAAGUUGUUGCUGCACAGUGUCUGUUCUAUGUCAAAGCCGUUGCUGAUCAAUUAGUUCCUUGAUUGAAAUAGGAAUUAAAUUUAAUGUAAUUCACGUUGGUUUUGCUUUAAAGAAUAAAUAUUUUACGAAUUA